AAAUUGCGCUGUUAACCGCCGCUCGGGUGGUUGGCCUAUGUUUUAUUUGUUUGUUAGUAUUUACUUUUCUUUUCGGCAAUACUAGAAUUAAGUUGUAAAAAUUAAAAAUGACGACGUGGGGCACAAUAUGCCGCAUUUGCAGCAGCCCCGCGGACUACGAGAUAUUUGCCAAGAUACCCACGUAUUUACACAGCACGACAAAUGAAUUUUUAAACUGGCAAAAACCAAUCAACAUAUUGCUAGAAGAGACAACUGGACUUAAGGUACUGCCAGAUGAUUCUCUGCCGCGAUAUAUAUGCGCUCCUUGUAUUUCAUAUUUGAAACAUGCAGUGACAUUCCGGGAACAAAGUAUAAACAAUGCAAUAAGCCUUAAAUUAGCAGAUCUCUAUCAACAAAAGAAAAACAUUAAUACCAGCAACCCUAGCAAUAGCAAUAGUAAAGAGAGCGCCCUUUUUACUGCCGAAGAUCUUAGCUAUGUGGAACAGCGUCCGGUUUGUAAUCUUCUAUUGAAUAAUUCGCUACCGGAUAAAGUAGAGGAUAAGCAAUUAAUUAACCAACUCUGCCAGUCAAAUGGUGGCGAUCAGCGUGUUCAGUAUCUGAAUGUAUUAUUUGACAAAUCUCGUCAGACCAGCCGCAAGCAGAACCAAGUUCCCGAUACGGGAAUAAGUGAUCUCGAUCUAAUGCCUACAACAAGUAGUGGCAAUGGCACUGCCGAAGAUGAAGAGGAUUAUGCGGCAGUUAGCUCGUCAAGUGAGGACAAUGAGAAUCCUUUAUUGAGGCAGCAUAAAAAUUGUUAUAACUAUAGGGAAACAAAUUUUGAAGAAGAUGAUCCCAUGGCCGAGUCGGCCCAAUUAAGAGACAUUAAGGUUCAUAUACCACAACCAAUGUGGAAGGAGCGUAAAUGUCCUGUCUGCUCAAAACGUUUUAUGUUUGAGGAUUCGUAUCAUAAGCAUUUGGACAACUGCGUUGAGUAUCAGUUUGUUGUCUUCGUGACGGAGAUGACCAAACUUCUAGAUAUAAGACGGCAUAAAAUGGUUUCACCCCACGAAUUCAUUCGACGCAUGAUAUUCGCCUUGCGUAAGAUAUGCUCCUGGCUAGAGGAACAUUCCAUUGACACUAUGUUGUCGGAGAAACUGAAUCAAGUGAAGGUCUCCAAUGGCCGAGGAAAAUCCCAAGAGACUGAACUGGAAUUGGACUUAAACUUGGAGUUGGAACAGCCACAACCACAACCAUUCGAACCUAGCUAUAAUAGUGGACUGACUACACCCAUUACCAUGGAGAAUAAUGUUCUUUAUGCCAUUGCCCGGUCAGAGAGCCGAAAUUCGCAGGCAGCUGCCAAUACAGAUACUCCACAAAGGUUGCCAAAACCCAUACCCAUACGUGGCAUUAAACCAUCCAGCCAGCCAGCCGAUGAGGAACGUGCCACAUUUCUGGAGAAGCUGCAACGAGCCAAUGUGCCCAAAAUAUCGACAACACCGGUAAAUGCCGGUUUAAUUUUUACCGCCCGCUGUGGACAGUGCAAUUUAUCAUUUGAUUCGGUUACCGAAUUGGAAAUUCACAAUAUUUCUCAUCACAAUACUGGACAAACUCCAGAGAUAACCUCUUCAGCAGAUGACGAGGCCCAGAGGCGCCGCAUAAUUGCCCUAUUCGAGGACGAUAUUUAGACUUAAAUUAAAAACAUAUGAUCAAAUUCAUCAAGUCAAAGGAUUAUUUUUACUUAAUGUUCGAUACAUUAUUCUUCAACAUUAACUCAAAUUUUAACGAAAAUAUUUAGCAAACAAAGCCAAAUAACGAAAAGUGUAAAACUUUAGCAAUAAGUUUUAGAUUUUUGUGUAUAUUAUACCAAUAAGUUCAAACACAUUUUGUUCUGUGACAGUUUACAACAAGCAAUUCUCAAAAUAGAGAUUUGUUAUAUACAUUUUUAAUUUUUUUUACAAUCAUUUUAUAUGUUUAUCACUUAAUUUAUUUAUUUUUCCAUCGCAUCGUAUAUCACUUUUUGUAUGCUUUAUUCAUAAAAAGUAUUGUAAACGACUCAAUAAACUUUGACGAAUCAAAGAUUAAAUAUCUUUGUAAUUUAA